AUGUCUGGCGCACUCUGGUCUCUAGUCAGCAAGAGGGUUCUUGCCGAAUCUGCAAGGAACCAUUUUGGCACUGAGGACCCUUACUUCGAAGAAGUCCCUGCAUCCCGUCUCGGAAAAGCGUUUGGCAAGAAGACCCAAAGGCGUCGCAAGGCUAUCCCUCCCGGCCUAUCGGAGAAAGAUGCCAAAAUUCUCACGCAGGUCAAGCGCAGAGCGUACCGACUCGACUAUGCUCUGUUCAACCUGUGCGGAGUCCGCUUUGGCUGGGGUAGUGUAAUUGGCCUCGUUCCCUUUAUUGGAGACGCCGGAGACGCCGCACUUGCCUUGAUGGUCGUGAGAACCUGCGAAGGAAUUGAUGGUGGACUCCCACCGCGUUUGCGUAUGAUGAUGCUGAUCAACGUGGUCAUCGACUUCUUCAUUGGCCUGGUUCCCUUCAUCGGUGACAUCGCGGAUGCUGUGUACAAAUGCAACACUAGAAAUGCCGUCAUUCUUGAAAAGCACCUGCGCGAGAAGGGUGCCAAGACACUCAAGAAGCAGGCUCGACGGCAUGACCUUCCGGCCAUUGAAAAUAGACGAGAAGAACGGAUCAUUGAUCACAGCCUUCCAGAGGAGUGGGAUAAGCAGGAGAGUGGCGUGGUAGAUAGCUCGCCGCCUGGCUAUCACGAGCAUGCGAUGUCAGGAGUCCGACCUGCAGAUAAUGCUGAUGACGGACCAACCAGGCCUCCGCGCGCGAAGAAGUCCCGCGAUAAACGUGGCUCCAGCAGGUGGUAUGGCGGGUCGCGCCAGCGUGAGGAUGACCUGGAGCGAGGAAGAUGA